AUGAUCCAGCGCAUGGAUCUGUUCUGGGCUCUCUUGGGUCUGCCUCUCGCUGCUGGGGCGCCACAUCUGCAUGCAGCCGUGGAUUCGUCUGGUGGCUUUGUAGUGACUUUGGAUGGCUUGCCGUGGUUGGAGAGCGGCGAGGUGCGUGUUGGUCAGUGGUCCAGCCAUGCUGGCCUCACGCUACUCUCGCAAGCCCGCGCUGUUGGGAGUGAUGCUCUGGGAGGCUACACGUCAGAGACAAUGAUGUGGGGCCGUCCUGGCGACAAGGAUCCCCUCAUGCACACAUCAAUCCGAGCAUACGACGUGGAUCCCAGCUGUCUCGUUUUUGAGCAGUUCUUCCCAAAGGAUUUGCACUUGGAAGCUGCACCAUGGGGUACCAAGCUGGUGGCACCAGCUACCCUGUUCCCAAGCUUCAAGAGCAAUGCCCGUGCUGGUGAUCUUGAUUGCUUUGCUUACCACGGCGUCUUCCCAAGCAUGCGACACUGUAAGCUGGCCAGCUUCGCUCCUACUCACCAGGGUGGGGCGCCUCUGGUCCUCUACAAUGCCACAGCUUCCUCGCGGCCCAUGACUGUCUUCGCCCCGCUUGCCACGCCCAAGGCACAGCACAUGUUCGCCGGCGACGGGAUGGUCGGAGCGGGAGUGAAGGGCACAGUUUCCUUCAUCCCUUCUGGCUGGAAGCAGACAUUCAUCCUCUCUGCAGCCUUCGGGAUCCUUGACGGCAUGAUGGCAUGGGGCGACCUGAUGCUGAGAUUCACCGGCAAGCAGCGGGCAGACAUGUACAGGGACGAUGUGGUUGGAAGCAUUGGAUUUUGGACCGACAACGGUGGGUACUACCAUUAUGCUACUGGAAGCAAUGAGACCUACGAGGAGGUGCUGCCCAAAGUGAAGGCGUACCAUGACUCUUUGGGAAUCCCUUUCAGACAUUGGCAGUUCGAUUCGUGGUUCUACCCUAAAGAUGGCAAAGUUGAUCCUGGCGGCGGCGGGGGAGCAGUGGUGAACUGGACGGCGCUUCCCUCCGUGUUUCCGCAUGGCAUGACAUACAUUCAGUCCAAGCUUGGUGUGCCAAUGGUGAUGCACAACCGCCAGUGGUCCCCCAAUUCGGAUUACGUGAAGCAUGAGCCCUUCAAGUGGUACAAAUCUCCAAAAGCGGCGGUCCCCGAGGACCCAGAAGCUUUUUUCAGGUGGUUCUUUACCCAGCAAGAAGGUUGGGGACUGACCAUGUACGAGCAGGACUGGAUGUGCACGGAGUACGACAAUGUCGAGGCUCUUCAGACCAACAUCUCCAUGGGAGAUCUUUGGCUCCAUGGAAUGGCAGCAGGAGCAGAGAGCAGCGGUCGCACGGUCCAGUACUGCAUGCCGUAUCCAUACGACGUCCUUUCUGCUUCUGCAUAUCCGGCGGUAACCAAUGCAAGGGCAACAGAUGACUACAUCAAACGCGACAAGCAAUGGGCCAUCGGUGCUACGUCCAUGUUCUACUGGGCCAUUGGAAUUCUGCCAUUCAAGGACGGCUUUUACUCGAGCAAUCUUCCACAAGUCGGUGGCCAGGUGGUUGGCCCUGAAACAGCUCCAAAUCGUGCUGCACUAAUGGCAGUAUUGUCAGGUGCGAGUGUGGGACCAAUGGAUGGCAUCUACCUUUUGAACGCCACUCGGGUUAUGUCCACCUGCCGGGCUGAUGGUAAGGUGUUGAAACCGGAUCGUCCGGUGAUGCCUCUCGAGUCCUGCUUCGACGCAGGUGUCGACCCAGCUGGAUGCCACAACUACUUCACGUAUUCCGAACUCUCAGGCUACGGCUCGGCCGUGCGCCCAUUCAAAAUCUUCUAUUUGUUCAUGGAUCAGCCGGGCCUUCUGCACGUGCGGGAUGUAAUGCGGACAGGACUCGAAGAGAGAGACUACGUAGUCUAUGACUGGUAUAGUGGGAAGCUCACGUGGCUUGAUGCCGCAACGCCCUCAUCCGUCUUCAGUGUUUUGGGAGGAUAUGAAGGACAUAGUUAUGCGUUGCUUGUGCCGCUCAUCUACGGCUCGGGUUGGGCAUUGAUCGGCGAGAGGGCGAAGUUGGUGCCGACAUCAUCGCUUCGUUUCCGUGAUCUCGAUGUUAACGCGGGGGUGUUUUCUCUCGAAGUGAAUGGGGUUGCAGGCGAAGUGGUUGAAGUCUGCGCUGUGGAGAGGCACUCUGGCAUGCUGUGCAAGGAGGUCCGCUUUGAGCGAUCUGAGUGGCUUUCCGUGCAAUUUGCUGCACCAGCCAGUGACGUGGUUGCUUUGGUCUAG